AUGGCGCCAAAAGAGAACAAUUCACUCCAAGCCAUGGAGGACUUUUGCAAAUGUAUGGACCAGUGGGCUGAUGGUGAAGGUGACCCUCGUCGGCAUGCCUUUAAUCUUGGACAAUUACUCCUAAAGGCAAAUCCAAAUUCUAGGAGCAGAGAUGGAUCCACUCGUGGUAUAUUUAUUAUCGGUGACCAAAGUUCUGCUAAAUCUACCACCGUAAACAGUAUUAUCAAACAAGUUGCGCUUCAAAUGGGUAAUAAUACUGUCACUAAAGUCAGAACAUGGAUUGAACAUCGGUACGACCCGGAUUUAGAGCAUGCAGAGUACGACUUACUAAUACAAAGACAAAGAGGAAGUGAACCACUCCUUCAUGGUGGUACUCUACAGGAACUAGCCGAAAAGUUCACUCGAAUAAAUAAUAAUAUGGAUGAUACGGUGGAAGCUCGAAUUAUCAUUCAUUCCGACAUUCCGUCAUUUGCAAUAGAUUGUUGUGAUAAUCCGGGACUUACGCCAAUAAAUGAAAGAACGCAAACUAUCACUGACAACAUUACACGUCGUACGCUGGAAAGGGUUUUGGAACGUCAAAAAUCAAACAAUGAUAGCAUCGUGGUGUUAUGUGUUUCGUCACUGUUCUUUGAAAAUGCAUCUUGGCCACGUCAUAUGGAUUUAAUUGAACAAAUUAAUGGCAAUAAUUUGAUUGUUCUUGUAACAAGGAUGGAUCAACUCAACAUUCGCAACGUUGCUCAGGAGAUUCGAGACGAUGAAGAUAGCAAUUCUGAAGAUAACCAUUCUGAGCUUCUUCGCUGCAGCCCUUGGGACAUCCUCAUGCAUAUUCGCUCAAAGAUUGAACGUCAAACUGGUUCCCGUUCUUUUCCAAAUGGCGUGCAGUUUCAUUUUGCGGCUUCCAGUAGUGUCCGUUGGGAUGUUUUGACAGGGCCUGAUGGGUGGGAUGCGUUUGUAAAAUCAGAAACAGAUAACGAUAAAAAGAUGCGUGAAAUUCUCGGUGUAUGCGACAAUGAAACGAAGUACCUGCAUAAUGAACAAGCAUGGCGUGAACAUGGUAUUGAAUUGAUUCCAAUGGAUCUGAAACAACAAUCAGACUUCAAUGACUGUGUCGGGAUGGCAAGACUAGAGGAAAAAUUACUCCAAACGUUGCAUGUUCAUAUUAUAAAAGCUGCUGAAGAACUUAUGGAUUAUACUUCUGAUUGGAAAAGAGAUGCAAAAAUGAGCCUAGAUAAUGCAACAAAGCGUAUGAAACUUCCUGAUGAUCGAGCAGAAUUGAUCUCUGAGUUUUGCAAACAGUUUAUAUUAGUUUAUCAGACCCUUUUUUCUUCGCCAUUGUAUUCACCAACAAUUAACGCUGACCCUCUGUUGAAAGAAUUUGGAGAAGCAAUCAAGAAGGGACAAGAAAAUAGUGUAGGAUACGGGUGGACAUCUAGGGAUAUGUGGGAAAUCUUCGAAAGCCUUAAAGACAGUGAUGGAUACGCUGAGUUUCCACCCCAAGAGUUUUGUGACACAAGCUUUAAUUCUUAUAUGGAAGAGAUUGAUAAAUACGUAAAACCUGCUAAUGAUUGUUUAUAUACGGCGCAAAUGUUAUUACAACGACUAACACAGGAAUAUACCAUGCGAUCCACUUUGAUUCAUUUACGUGAUCUUGAUGUCAGAACAUUUAUUCCACGUCAAGUACAAUUGAGAACAUCAACCCAAUUGAGUUUCGGUCAAGCUGUCGAUCAAAAGAUCACCGAAGACUACAACCAGAUUUUUCAUAAACAUGAAAAAAGGAAUUCUGGCGGUCAUCGUUCACAUGAGAUACACGGAGGUAACCAAUGGGUAUCUGUACUUGGAGCUUUGUGUCUAUUACUGCACGCGGAAUAUACUAUUCGUAUUAUGCGCGAUACAAGAUUCUCUUCUCUGUUGCAAGCACAAAGUGACGAUCCAAUGCAUGGUAUUCUUGUUUCUAAGUUUGAACGAUAUUGGAGGUUGAGAAAAGAAAAUUUAAUGAGGAAAGAAAACUUUAUGGACCAGCAGCGUGAACACAAUACAGAAAGUCAAAUUGCAACAAUUAUGAAGAAUAUUAGAGAAAAACCAAAUUCUAAAAGAUUUUCUUCAAAUAAGAAUAAAGUAUCACCAAUCGAAGAUCUGUCAUGGGCUAUAUAUACCAUGUUCUUUGAGGACCCAUAUUGUCAUUUUAAAAAGACAUUAGAUGAACGUACUGACCUAUUAAUGAUGACUCAUGCCACAUCACUUGUUCACCUUUACCAAUUGAACAACCCGAAGUCAUCAUAUGCUAGAGCAUUUUUGAUUCGAGAACCAGAAGUCAAGGAUAGUAUAGAAGCUUUAGAUAAUGUAGUAAAUAAGGAUGGAGUUGACGGUAAUGGGGUUAAAAAUCUUAGAUUUAUCUCCCACUUAUCGGAUAGCCUUAAAAGGUUUCAGAGAGGGAAAAAGGACAAUAACGAUUCAUCAGGAGUUAAUGAGACAGAUUCAACGAUCUUUUCAAACCUAUCAGAAAUAAUAACUGAGCGGGUAAGAAAAAUCGUAAUGGGCAAACCGCCAAGCUCAGAGGAUAAAGUAAAAUUGUUUGUAAACAUCGCAGAUAUGGGUAUGAAUCCAGAUUCGUUUCCAGAAACAGAAAGUAAGACAGAUAUUACUUCCAGAGAAGAAAGUACUGUAAAUUAUGUUUAUAGACGUCGUUUGACGAUGGGAAUUACAAGCAGUGUCAUUGACACAACUCAACAGCUCGCUAAAUCGCAGUACGAAUACAGUCACCAACAAACCGCCCCAACCUUACAGCGUGCGUUACUUGGUCGCGUCGCAUCCUUAAUGCUUGGAUAUGGAUAUCCUUACCAUCCUGAUGCUCGUCCUUCAUCAAAAUGGUAUCUUUCGCCAAAGGUAAUUGUCCAGUUUCUUCUGGCCAAUGAAGCUGUUUUUGUAGGCGAGAAAAAUAUGCCAAAUUCGCUUGAAGAUUGGAACGCUUUGCUUGAUCCUCGGAUUUUAGAAUCACCGAUUGUUAGACGCAUCCUUUUCUUGAGCAAUCCUACUGAAAACGAUGACUACGAUGCUAAGACAGUGUCGCAUUAUAUCAAACAACUUGAUAAAAUCAAACCUAGCGACAUGGAUGAAUAUAUUAUCGACUUUCUUGCUGAUGAUCGGUUUAAUUGGCAACCGGAUCAGGAGAACCUACGUGGAAAAAUGGAGAAUUUUAGAAAUAAUCUAAUCAAGUUUAGCAAAUGGCAUGAUUAUAUUGAAGCAUACAUAAAAGUUGCAGAACCAGUUUUGCUACGCAAUGAGAACAUAGAACCUGAAAUAAAUUUUGAUGAAAGUGAAGUAAUUAAUGCGCUUGAUGAAUUUAUGCAUGAAGGCAACGAAGCAUA